AGCUAACAAUCAUCAUCCCCUGUUUCGAGCAUCAAAUCCCCUGUUUCGAGCAUCCAACCACCUCUCUCUCAAUCUGAAGCCUAAAUCCCCUUGUUUUCCACUCUCUCUGUCUCUCUCCCACACCAUCACUUCCAAGUUCCAACUCUCUCAAUCAAUUCAGUAGCCCCAAUCGCCACUUCCUCAUCGACCAGGAAAAAUGUCACCGCCGAUUUCCUUUCACCUUACCUGCGUUCUCAUUCCAUUCCUCCUUGUCGUCCACUUCCCUUUGACCUCGCCACAACUUCUCAAGGGUUGUGGGUUUUCGGCGAUAUACAAUCUCGGUGAUUCCGUGUCCGACACCGGAAAUAACCUCGUUCAGUUUGAUUUCGGUGGAUCCGGCCAGUACCCCUACGGGAUGACCGUCGGGAAGCCAACCGGAAGAUUCUCCGAUGGCCUUCUUCUGAUAGACAGAAUCGCUGAGUCGGCAGGGUUACCACACUGUAACCCUUACCUGAGAAAGGACAUGGACCACUCUAAAGGCGCAAACUUCGCCGUAGCCGGAGUCGGCCUCCUCUCCAAGGCUCAACGGGAUAAAUUCGGCAUACACUUUAACUAUUCGCAAAGUGGCCUGGACGAACAGCUCAAAUGGUUCGUCAACUACUCCAAGGAAGCAUUCCCUAAUGAAUCAGCCCGCAAGGCCAACUUCGAAUCGGCCCUGUUCGUACUAGGCGGAGGGGGAAACGAUUACGGCGGUUUUAAGGUGGGAGUCGAGGAGAAGAAGAAGAUCAUGCCGUAUGUGAUUGGCGUCCUCGAAGAAGGACUAAAGACGGUGAUUCACCAUGGUGCGAGAAGGAUCGUCGCGAUGGGGGUGUACCAAGCAGGGUGCCUACCCGGGUUCAACAAGACGAUACUGGAGCACGAUCAAGGCCCGAUCGUGUGCGACAAGCAAUGGAAUUCGUACCAUGACUUGCACAACAAGCAGGUGCAGAAGCUGGUCCUUGAACUUGGAAAGGAGUUCCCACACGUCCAUCUCGCUUAUGGCGACAUAUGGGACGGAGUCCAAUGGAUGUUCGACAAUUACCGAUCCCUCGGGUUGAAGCACACAAGCUAUGCAAGAUGUUGUGGAACCGAGGAGCACAAAACGUGUGGUGAACCCGGUACCCCCUUCUGCAAGGAUCCGUACCAUUAUAUAUGGUGGGAUAACUUCCAUUUCACAGACCAUGCAUAUCAGCUUAUCGCGAGGAAAGUGAUUCCAUGGAUCUACAGUGUGCCAACUAUAACUCUACAAGCUUCAAAUCGGGUGGAGUUCGUGUUGCUGGAAGCAUCCAUCAGCAGCACCUCUUGUUCUCGUUUGCUGUAAUGAUUGUUAUCUUCCUUUUUGGUGUCAUGGUACUAAUGUAUCGUGGUUAUAUGUACUAAUGGAUCGUGGCUAUAUAUAUACUAACAUAAAUCUGAAAUCUUCGU